AUGCCCACCGAUAGUCCGGCCGUCGAUCUCUGCGGCGUCUCUAAUGGCAUGGAUUUCUCCGCUUUCAAGACAUUGUCUUACAAUUGGACGCUUACUAACAGCAAAAACGAGUCAAUCGAUUAUUACAUAAACCUCUGCAGUCUAUUGAACACAACCAGUGAUAACACAAUUCCUGUCAAUUGCAGUAAUAGCCAUAUUUGUAAAUACUUCCGAAACGGUGACAAAUCGGCUGUCGUCAAACUGCGACCGGUGUGUGAAGAGAUGAAAGAGAGUCAUCUCAAUAAAACCAUUAAGAUUCACUUUAUUUGCGGCACUCAAUUGGGAACUCCGGAAUACUUUAUGGAUACGAAGUGUAGCACUAACUUGAAGUGGAAAACACCGGCCGUUUGUGCCACACCUGCGCCCACUCCUCCUCCUAUCAAAAAAGUUCACUGCGUUUGGGACAACGGCUCUCAUAUCUUAGAUCUGACACAAUUGGCGAUGACUACAGGGAAUCACUUCGCUGUCGACAUUCCCACCACUACUCCUUCGAGUGCUGCACACGAUUUCUCCAUUUACUACAUCAAUAUCUGUCGUCCCCUAAACCCUAUCCACGAACAGCAUAUGAGUCUUACGGAGUGCGGAGUGAACUCCGCCGCCUGUAAAGUGACCAUAAGUGGUGACCACAAACACCUCAAUUUGGGUGAACCCAUUCACCCGCCGAUUAAGGCGUUUGACGGAAGCAUUAGCUUAUUCUACGAGAACGGAAGCGUAUGUCCGGCCGAUGCGAGUAAACGGAUAUCGACGAGAAUUAAGUUUGAAUGCGACCCGAAGGCGGAUCAGGUAAACCCCACGGUCUACGAACCGGGCAGUGAGGAAAUCGAUGCCGAGAAAUGUGUCUAUUUGUUUGAAAUACGAACGGCAGCCGUUUGUGAUGUCAUUCAACCCACAAAACUGGACAACAAUUCGUGUCGAUAUACCGAUCGUAUAACUGGUCUUAGCGUUGACUUAAGUUCUUUAAAAAAGCCGUCAAAAGAGCCCUAUAGUGUUACCUCAGAAGAUGGUAACACAUAUGAGCUGAAUGUUUGCGGUUUAGUUAACUCUAUUGGAGAUCCCGAAUGCUAUAAGUCGGCCGUCUGUAUGGUAUCCAACAAAACCCAAUCGAGUGCUGACAAAUCGGCCGUCAGUUACGGUUUACUCACUUCGAGUGCUUUCUAUUUUGACGGAACAAAUCUAAAACUCAAACACUUUAAUGGAUCGAAAUGUUUAGGCGUCCAUUCGGACACAGGGAUGAUGUCGUCGGAGAUUCAAUUCAAAUGUAAUCCAAACGCUAAAAAUAUGAAACCAAAAUUUUUGAGUGAAAUCUCCAACUCAUGCGUCGCUGUAUUUGAAUGGGAGACCCAUUUAGUCUGUAGUCUACAGCUCCCGAAGUGUUCAAUUGUAGGCAACGAUAAGUUUUACAAUUUGCGUCAAUUGUCGUCUAUAUCUCACGGCUGGAACACAACUGAUCCAAACGAUCCGAAAACCUCCUAUUUUGUCAAUGUGUGCACAAAACUGCCCACAAGUAUUGGAUGCGAUGACCCGAACGCAGCCGUUUGUAAGUGCAGACAAGACUCGCAGAAGCAGUGGAAUUGUUCCCAGAGUUUGGGCGACCCCUCAGCCGAUGAGUUGGAACUGACGGAAAGUGGAGAACUUCAGCUCACAUAUAGGAACGGAGACUCAAAUGACUGCAAGGAAGACAUGAAAGCGAGAACACAGAUCCUAUUCAAAUGCAGUCACAGCACUGGAAGUCCUAAAUUCGUUGAAUUCAUUCAACCCAAAUGUAUCUAUAAGUUUGAAUGGUUGACAUUCAUGGCAUGUCCUGUGAAUGAGCUCAACGAUGAGCUCUCAGCUCACAAUGGGUUUCUUUUGGACGAACGGAUCAAUUCCUAUAUCAAUAUACAUCCACUACUAAACAAAACCUAUAACGUUAAGGAAUAUCGAGUGUUGCCAAACAAUGAGACCGAUAAUUACACUUAUGUGAUGAAUCUGAACACAUUCGCCCUCCCGGACAGCAACAAGUGCUCCGAAGCGGCCAUCUGUCAGACAAAAGGCACUUUUAAUCGAGACAUCGGAAGUCUCGCAUCCAUUAAAUACUAUUUGAGAGGACAUGAACUUCAGAUAGUGUUGAAGUCGUCGAAUUCAAAGUGUGGCAAAAAUCCAAACAAAAACGUGACCACAAUUUUCAGACUUCACUGUUCGUCGUCCGCAGGCGUCGGCGAACCGACGUUUAUGUAUGAGAGCAACGAUUGCGACUAUACUUUCAAUUGGGAGACUGAGUUGAUAUGUGCCGACCAUUUCCUCAACUGA